ACAUGUUGACUUGUUUUGUCAUCAUGCGGUGCUGUCAUUUUGAGCUCUGAACCGAGGUUACGGUUUCAACACAACAACAUCCUCAGUGAAAAGAUCCCCACUCUGUUGUUGUUCCUCUCUGAUCCCCAGCAAUCAUUCACCUCUCUCCCAUGUCAGGGUCUUGAUCCAGCUUCAUCUGCUUCAUGGAGUUGAAAAAGGACAAGCUUGUCAGAAUUUAUGAUUUUAGAUUCUACUCGGAUGGCAAGAAGCAUAAAGAGCCACUAUGGAGAGCAGCUGAACCGCCGGGGCUUGAAAGGUCAUCGUCCAGAUACAAGGUUCCGUCGUCUUCUUUGCUUAAAACGAGCAAUGCUGUUCCAUUAGGGAAAACUAGAAUUGGAGGACCUAAGGUAUUCCCGGAGGAUCAUGAGCCGUGGCGAAAAAGAAUACUUGACCCGGGUAGCGAGAUUGUGUUAAAAUGGAACCGGGUCUUCAUUGUUUCAUGCUUGGUGGCUCUUUUUGUUGAUCCGUUGUACUUUUAUUUGCCCAGUGUAACAGACAGCUCAAGGUCUUCAUGUAUGAGGACGGACCUAACAUUACGGAUUAUUGUGACCUUUCUUCGCACUAUAGCAGAUAUUUUUUAUCUGUUACACAUGAUAAUUAAGUUCAGGACAGCUUAUGUGGCCCCAAGCUCACGGGUAUUUGGCAGGGGUGAACUUGUCAUGGACCCAAAGAAAAUCGCAAGGAAAUAUAUCAGAUCUGAUUUCUUCAUUGAUUUAAUUGCCACACUACCUCUACCACAGAUGGUCAUAUGGUUUAUUAUACCGGCAACAAGAAGCCCUCAGAGAUAUCACAAUAAUAAUGCUCUUGCAUUGAUUGUUUUGCUCCAAUAUGUUCCAAGGUUAUAUUUGAUGUUUCCACUAAGUUCUCAAAUAAUCAAAGCAACCGGAGUGGUUACAAAGACUGCCUGGGCAGGAGCUGCGUAUAAUCUGCUAUUGUACAUGUUGGCUAGUCAUGUUUUAGGGGCAGCUUGGUAUCUUCUUUCUGUGGACCGAUAUACUCAUUGUUGGAAAUCCUUUUGCAAAAAGGAAACCAGCCCUGAGAAUUGCUUUCGUUACCUGGACUGCAAUUAUGUUAAUCUUCUGCAGCGCGAGAUAUGGGCAAACAGUACAAAUGUAUUUAACAGCUGUGAUCCCAGUAGUAAAGAUAAUGACUUUAAGUUUGGGAUAUUUGAAAAUGCAGUAAAGAAGCACGUUGUGUCUACAGACUUUAUCCCGAAAUACUUGUAUUGUUUAUGGUGGGGAUUGCAGCAAUUAAGUUCUUAUGGACAGAACUUAGACACAAGCACUUUUAUUGGAGAAACAUCAUUUGCCAUUGUCAUUGCCAUCCUUGGUCUUGUACUAUUUUCUCAUUUGAUUGGGAACAUGCAGACAUAUUUGCAAUCAAUUACUAUAAGGCUUGAAGAGUGGAGGCUUAAGCGAAGAGACACAGAGGAGUGGAUGAGGCAUCGCCAACUCCCUGAAGAUUUGAGAUUCCGUGUUAGACGAUUCGUUCAAUAUAAAUGGCUUGCAACUCGUGGUGUUGAUGAAGAAACCAUUCUACGUGCAUUGCCUGCUGAUCUUCGCCGCGAUAUUCAACGCCACCUGUGCUUAGACCUUGUUAGACGAGUUCCCUUCUUCUCACAAAUGGAUGAUCAGCUUCUUGAUGCAAUUUGUGAGCGGCUGAUAUCUUCUCUAAGCACUCAAGGCACCUACAUUGUUCGCGAAGGAGACCCUGUAACUGAAAUGCUCUUCAUUAUUAGAGGUAGACUUGAUAGUUCCACAACAAAUGGUGGUCGGAGUGGUUUCUUCAACUCUAUCAUAUUGAGACCGGGAGAUUUUUGUGGUGAGGAACUACUUUCUUGGGCUUUACUCCCAAAAUCAACAGUAAAUUUGCCUUCUUCAACCAGGACAGUUAAAGCCCUGAGUGAGGUUGAAGCUUUUGCUCUUCGGGCUGAAGACCUCAAGUUUGUCGCCAACCAAUUUAGGCGCCUCCACAGCAAGAAGCUGCAGCACACAUUUAGAUUUUACUCCCACCAUUGGAGGACUUGGGCAGCCUGUUUUAUUCAGGCCGCUUGGCGUCGAUACAAGAAAAGGAUAUCUGUCAAAGACCUCAGUUUGAGGGAACCCCUUCCCUUGGAUGAGACCGUGGCCAGUGAGAGAGAACAUGAAGAGGAAAGGCCUGCUGGUUCAAACACAUCUCAGACUAAGUUGAACCUUGGGGUCACAAUUCUUGCUUCAAGGUUUGCCGCUAACACACGAAGAGGAGCUCUGAAGAUUAAAGAUGACCUGCCUAAGUUACGGAAGCCUGAAGAACCUGACUUCUCCACUGAAGCUGAUGAUGACUAGUGCACUUAUUCAGAGGCAUUUGGUAUGUUCAGCUGCAACCUACAUUCCAUUCAGUGUGGAUGAUGAUUCUAUAGGUCACUCAAAUCCUGCAAAUGAUCUCUUCCAUGACUCUUAUUGCUGGUGGUAGUUAAAUGUUAAUGUAUAUUUUACUGAGGAAAGGUGAGGGGGGGAAAAAGCUGGGCCAAAAGAAGGGUGGUGGUGGUGGGUUUUCUAAUGCUCACUUGCAUGUACCCUAACAUAUAUUUGUAUGCAAUCUUCAUCUAAGUAGGUUGAUAAGUUGAUUUAA